AUGCUUCUUCCGAGUGCAAUUCCUUGCGAGUACCGCGCAACUACUCAAUCCCUCGCCAGCCCUCUUCGUCGUUCGUCGCGACACGUACAGCAGGCAGCAAUAUCGUCCUCAUCAUAUCGUUCCCCGCCUCUAGAGGAGGCACCUUCCUUCAUUGCAAGCGCGCCUGCAGGCCUUUUUCAAACAUGCAGACGAUUGCAGAAGGCCCUGUCGGUUGACCGAUUCUCAACACCUCCGCCUCCACCACCCGUCGCUGCAACACCCCCCAAGAAGAAUAGCGUCCAGAAGCGGAAGCAGCAAGCACAACCCGCACCAAGCACACCGCGAAGGCCGGCACCAAGAACGCCAAUUGCAGGAAGGAACAAGAGAGCCAGAGAUGUGGCAUUCCCGAUUCUGUCUGACGAGAAUACGUGCAUGAAGAGCUUGGAGAGUGGUGACUCAGACCACGAGUUCCAAGACCCGUUCACAACACCCAGGAAUAAACGCGUAAGGCUCACGACACCGCCAUCACCGCCAAACAGAAACCUUCGGGUAUCGAAAGAGGACGAGUCGAGCGAUGCUGAGUGGUCGGUAGACGAGGACAAGCUACUGGUGGAGAUGGUGUUGAGCAAACUAAACCUAUCAAAGAACGACUGGGAGGAGUGUGCAAAGAGCCUAGGGGGACGGAAAGAUGCAAAGAGCAUCGGAAAGCGAUGGGAGGGAUUGAUCUCAUCACGGAAGGUGGGGUUGAAGGAUAAGAAGAGGAGGCGUGUUUAA